CUGAAACUACGGUUGUCCUGUCAUUCAUUCGAUUCGUCUGUCUUCAAGCUAGUGCACCGAGAACAACCAAACGAGACGAAGCUAUGAAGUCGUUUUCAGUGUUCUGUUAUGCGGUGUGCGCGGUGACCGUUAUCGGUUCGACAAGGUGCGAACCGGCAGAGGACAGUGCUUCGACCGACAAAGCACCACCAGCCAACAGGAGGAGCAUCGGCGAGUACCAUGGACUGUACGCCCCGGCGUAUCACACUCACUAUGGUGCGGCCACGGCCAGCUAUCACGGCCACUACGCCCCAGCGACGGCCCACUACCACGCUCACGGUUACGCAGCUCCGGCACACUAUCACGGCCACGGCUACGCACCGGCACACUAUCACAGUCACGGGUACGCACCAGCACACUAUCACAGUCACGGGUACGCACCAGCACACUAUCACCAUCAUGAGACAACUGUGCAUGGGUUCAAACACCAGCCUGUCGUCUACCAGUCGGUGGUAAACACGUAUCCAACGGCCACCACGGUCGUCCACAAACCAGUGCCGGUGCCCGUCGCACACCCUGUCCCGGUGCCCGUCGUCCGACCCGUGGCCGUUGAAGUUCCUCGGCCGUACCCAGUGGCCGUCAACCGACCAUACCCGGUGACCGUCAUCAAGCCCGUCGCCGUGCCCGUGGCCCAGCCGUACCCGGUGACGGUCUACAAACCGUACCCGGUGCCCGUGUACCGGCCGCUCCCGGUGGCCCCGGUGGCCAGGCCAGCCGCUACCACCGUACAUUACGUCACCAGACUUCCGACAGUUCGCGUACCGCUCGUCAGGUAUCCGGCACCGUCAUAUCACUCGCAUUCUUACGCUCCACACUAUCACGGUGCGGUGGCUUAUCAGGGUCCGUCUUCAUACCAGGGACCGUCUGCUUAUCAGGGACAGUCAUCGUACCAGGCUGCACAGUCGUCGUUACUGCAAGGAUCGACUGCUUACCAGGGACCAUCGGCUUACCAGGGACCGUCGUCGUACCAGGCGGCGUACCCAACUGAGGCAACGUCUUCUUAUCUGCAACAGCUGGCGGCUCUUAGAGCGGCCGGUGGCAACUACGAUGUGAACGAAGCGGCCGCACAGCAACAGACACUCCAAGACGAAUAUUCAUACCUACAAGAGCAACGGGAUGUCGGCGCCACCGAUAUCCAUCACCAUCACCACGACGAUGAUGCCCAUCAUCUGCACGAGCACGGCUUGAUCGACCAAGACGGUGGUUUAGGAUCCAGCGCGGGUUACCCGUCGUUGACGGCUGACGAGACAUUCAAGACCAGCUUGGGAGUGCCAAACACCGACUACACAGGCAAGAAGAAAUAAAAUAUUCGCGACGACUACAGCAGAUCUGUGGUGUCAACUCGAAACGCUAGGACUUGUUGAAAAAAAUUUCUUUCAAAUUCCCCUUGAACACCGCCUAGUCCCGGGAGACGACUGUAUUAUAUACUUUGUUUAUUGUUAUAUUACUAUUAUUAUUAUUAUUAUUAUUAUUAUUAAAUAUUAUAUAGUAUGCCAUCGGGUUAGUAGACUCGACUGUAGCCUGUAGAUACAUUGUGUCAUUUUGUUGAAAUAAAUGUGCAUGUAAUAAUUGUUAAAAUUGCCACUACAUACA